UUUAUCCGAAAUAUUGUACCAGACUCCAAAGAUAAAGUUAAAUUAAACUGUUUAGUACUCUACUAUCGGAACCGCUAAUUACCUUUAAAUUUAAAUUGACUGAGAUGUGGGUAUAAUAUGAGUGUCAUGUAUUCGGGUUUAGGCAUUUAUAAAAAAUUAUUAUCAAAUAACCGCAUGUAGUUUAGUAUAAACUGUAUCCGAAUUGGCCUAAGCAAUGGCCUGCAACAAACAGUGCUUUUUGAUAUUGAAAAUCUGUUAGUUUCAUAAAUGCAAGCAAUGGCUGUUGAUGGGAAAUGGAUGGGAGGUCUGCCCUCAGGGAAGCUAGAGAGGUGCAUUCUUGGAAACUUUGAAAUCCAGGUUCCAGAAUGUUUCUUAGAACAGAAACAAGUGUUCAAUAGUAUUGUGAGUCAAGAAACGUGGAACAAAGUAUUAACAGAAGGAGAAAGACAGCACUUGAUGACAUUUUUGCCAAAGUUUCCUGAGAAUGAUAACGAAGAGAAGAGGGACACAUUACGGAAGCUCUUCAAUGGAGAGAACAUAAAGUUUGGAAACCCUCUCCAGAAGUUUCAUCGGCAAUUAAAGGAUGGUUCCUUCUCCCCUGACAUUGCCAAGUACACACUGAUGAUAAGAAAGAUGAAACAAAAGGAAUACAGAGACAAGCAGAAGAGGUACUACCACAGCUUGCUGAAAGAGAUCCUUCUAUCCAGACAGAGGGUGUUUGAGCAGCUGACAGAGCUGGGUCCAGACGAGCACAUCAAGUUUGAGUAUGACCCUCCAAAGCAGAGACAGAGUCCCCUCAAAUGGCGCGCCCACAACAAGUACAAGAGAUACCUUCAUGAAGUUCACAGGGAAUGUGGUCUUGAUGAUACUUCUUCUGAGGAUGAGUUUGGAUACGUAACCCCGAGGAGCAAGAAGCAGCUCCUGAAGACCCUGAACCCAGUUCCCUCCCCUGAACCCGUGACCUCCAGCGUACACUCCACAUACGCAGCCAAGUCAGAGUAUGCCAACGGGGAUCUAGACACACCUGUAUCGUCAUUGAAAAGACCUCGGCCGAUAUCACCGCCAGAAGUCACAGAGGAGUCGUACCGUGAUAUGCUGACCAAGCAUCGACGGAGACAGUUGUAUGAUGACUAUGAUGAGGAGGAGCACCCGGAGUACAACACACAGAACAUCACGCUGCAGGACGUGAUGUCGCGGUGUCAGGCCAGUCGCAAGGGUGGCUACGAGCCUGAUGACGAUGAAAUUAUCUUGCCGCCAUCACUAUCCAAGGCCAAAGGAGGGAAAAAAGAAAAGACAGAAAAACGUGUGAGGAAGAAGCCGUCAAAUAAAAUACGAGACAUGGACAUUGGCAUGUCAGUGACAGACGCUGAUGAUGCAGAUGAUGAAAGCAAAACUAAUAUGAGCAUAGAUGUCACGGAGGAUAACGCCAGCACAAUUGAUCAUUCUUCCCUGCCGGCACCGGAAGAUUUGAUACAGGACGUGGUGAGAUGUUCCAGCUUCUUUGUCCUCAUCAAGAACAUCAUCCUGAACACCCCAGAAAAGAGAAUCUCGACUGUUAAGUUAGAAUCUCGUAUACGCUGCUGGAUGGACUCCCCGGAUGUUGAUGACAACGUGUGGCUUGCGCAGCGAGAGGAUUGGCUGGACCAAGUCCCUCUUUCCCUCAAGUUCCUCGCCGGAGAAUCUCUAGGCGUGAACAUGGACCAGUUUGUGCCCUACUUGGACUACAAGGAGAGGACGCAGCAAUGGCAGUGGAUUGGAAUGGGGCGUGACUCUGAUGAGGCCCUGGACAGGCUGUGUGCCUACUGGCUCAAACACAAGGAUGACGUGGGAGAAGUCAUUGUUGACGGCCAGGAGUCACCUCCAGCUCUUAAACUGAAGCCGAGUCAUGUAGUGCAGGCUGCCACAGAUGAAGAGAAGACUGACUUCCAAAAGCAGGAGAAGUGUCGGUUUGAGGAACCGCACAUGUCAUUCACCUAUGACAUGCAUGGCUACAAAUCUGUGGUGGGACCAGUCAAAGGGGUGUUCUCAAAGAAAACUGACACCACCAAGGCUCGCGAACAUGCCCUGCUUGUUAACAACAGGCCUGCCUAUGUCACAAUACUUACAUUAGUGCGUGACUCUGUUGCCAGACUGCCAAACGGAGAAGGGACACGAGGUGACAUCUGUGAGCUACUGAAGGACUCCCAGUUCCUCGCUCCUGGCAUCACUGAUGCACAGAUCAAUGUGGUGGUCAGUGGGGCGCUGGACAGGCUUCACUCGGAGAAGGACCCAUGUGUGCGCUAUGACGUGAACAGGAAGGUCUGGAUCUAUCUCCAUAGAAACCGCACUGAGCAAGAGUUUGAACAUCUCCAUCAGGCACAGGCAGCUGCACAAAAGGCCAAGAAAUCACUGGCAAAACCCAAGACUCCGAAAUCAUCAACUCCCAAGUUGCGUGACCUGCCGUCAAGUCAGUCGUCCAGCGUUGAUGGCACCCCUAGCCUGGUAGGGGCGGGCGACGGUGUGGUGGAGGAGCUGGUCCCUGUGACCCCUGUAACCUUCCUGGCCACGCCCCCCACCCCUCCUGUGGUCACACGCAGCCCUGCGGUAGCCAAGACUGGCAAACAGACCCCCGGGGGUAAGGCUCCUGGUAUGACCCAGUCUCUGACGCCUGCCCAACUCCAGCUCUUACAGCAGGCUGCAGCCGCGCAGGCUGCACAGAAGGCACAGGCUGAGGCUGCCCAGAUGGCGAAAGCACAGGCACAUGCAGGGGCAAAGGGAAAAGGUUCGCCAUCUAAAGCAGACUUUGUUUCAAAGCUUCAAGGUCAGUUGAAGGUCAUAUCCCAGCCACUGGGGUCAACCUCGGUCUCCAAGGUUAACCUAGCCCCACCCAACAUGACCUUGCAAGCACCUGCAGGCAGUCAGUCUGAAGGUCAAAGUUCAGCAAGUGUACAGGUGUUGGCCAGUGUUGCUGGGUCCCCUAUCAGUGUUAUCAGCCCUACACAAGCUGGAACCAAUCCCUUGGUGGCGAGGCUUAUGCAGCAGAUGUCAGCUGGAGGUCAGAUGGUGUCAGUGAGCAGCCUUCUGGCGGCCCAGAGGUCCCUGCAACAGGCCAGCCAGCCACGACCCACAGCCUUCAAAAUACAAGGUGGAAAUAUCGUUCAAGGUGUUUCUGGAAAACCCCUGCAACUGUCAGGGAAACCCCUUGCACAAGCAAAAGGUCAGCUGGUACAGUUAGGGGCCAAAGGUCAGCAGACUCUUGGGCUGAUCCAGACACCCCAGGGGACUAUUAAUCUCAUCCCACAGUCUGGAGCAUCUAUUGUGACAUUGCCUAAAUCAGUUGCUGAUUCAACCAAGGCGGUGAUGACAGUGUCCAGUUCAGUUGGUUAUUCUGCAGCUGCUACCAUGGUCAGUCAUGUGACCAGUCAGCCCAAGACGGUGACCCCAGGGUCAGGUGGAAUGGUGGUGACUCAGCUGACCCCGGGAGGCAAUAUCACCUUCAGACCAGCAGGAACAGUAAGCCAAGGAAAAGUGAUUCCUCAAGGACAGUCUAGUCUGAUUCCCACUCAACUGAUCCUGCAACAAACCCCAAUGGGACUUAAAGCGGUGGAUAAAGCAGCUGAAACUGCAGGAAGCUCUUCGCUGCUGGUUUCCAGCACGGGUCAGACGGUUCCCGGUGCCACCAGUCUGCAGAUGGUGAGAACCGUGCUGUCCCAGCAAGCUGGGCUCAAGCCUGGCCAGGCCACCAUCUUGAUAUCCCAGCAGGCCUUACAGCAAGGCGGGCAGGUGCUGCCAUCUGGGCAGAUCCUGCAGACGGCACGGGCCUCAGGAAAUCCAGCCCAGCAGGGGAAGCAACCAAUGUUUGCAAGGCUUAUCACUCCGCAGGGCAAUAUCAAAGGGCAGCUAAUUCAGACUAUUGGUGCUGGUGGACAGACUAUCAGUGUACAUAAUGAGUCUGCUUUACGGCAGACACUGAGUAAGCUGGUGUCAAGUGCAAGCCCUGGUGGGCAGACCAGUGUGAUAUUAACAACAGGGGGGACAACUUCCUCCACCAUAUCACACAGUCAGCAGAUACUGGCAGCAGCUGCUGCUGAGAAGGCAGCCCUCAUCAGAGAAAUGGAGAAAGAAAAGAAGCAAUAAGCCUUGCUAAGGGAAAUUAUAACAAAUGUGUUAUUUCUUUCGUUUAGAAAUACAUGCAGAUACAUGAAUUUAAAUGUGCUAUUAUCAUCAUAUGUGCUGACCUCAACAGGUUGAGGAUAAAGACAGUUGUAUACCAUAGGUGAUUACAUACAAUGUUCAAUGCUGAAUUAUUUUAGCUUUUAUACGCCAGUUUGAAAAUCAGCUGUUUUAUGGGAAUGUUAAGUAAAUGAUCCAGGGACAGUUGUUACAGAUUUUGUCUGACCAAAUUUAGUGUUGGUGCAUUAUGAAGGCCUCCAAGCAAAUGUUAAGGUCUUAUUUCAAGUUCCAAGAUAAAAUGUUAAACAAUUUACUUGAACACUUAAUGUGCUGGUCCAUCAUUGAUGGUUUGUUGAAUAACAUGAUAAACACGAUGGACUGAAGUGUUACACAGAAGAAUCUCGCCCGAAGGGCAAAGUUCUAGGUCACAAUCAAGAUCAAAGUCCACUAUUGUAAAUACACAGUCAGGAUCCUAUCUUUGUACUACAUCAAUACAUUUUCAAGUAACUUAACAGAAGUUAUCACCAUAACAUGAAAAAAAUGUACAUGCAAGAAUCGGGCUUUUUGGUCCAAGGUCAAGAACAGAUCAAAUAUAAAAAAUGCCCCCCUGAAUGUUUGUCCAAAUCAGAACUGAGGCAGAGUGGCAAACACAAGAACCAUGUCAAGAUCACAAUUUAAGUUCAAAAAGACAGAAAUCUGUUGAUACUUUUCCAAUUUCAACCCCUAAAAAAGACGAUUGAUAUGCUUGCAAGUGUGACUAUUACAUUUGUGUAUUAUUUUUGUAUGAAUACUUAAUGCUUUGUCAGUAAUAUCAUGAGAGGAAUAAACAUGUAUCAAAUCCUU